AAACUUUAUAUCGAAGAAGAAGAAUUAUUUGUAGUAGUCAACUCUUCUAUAGUUGGCGAUAGUUAUUUAACGUCGUUGCCUUGUGAAUAUCUACAAUUGUAGUCGGCGUAUUCUAGGUGGCAUAGCUACAUUUACAUAGCUUAUAAUGUACUGAACUGUUCAGCAAAAAAAGAAUUACCCCGAGAGAAAGACGGCGUGGUGGUUUUCUAUUGCCUACCCUCCACCAGGUAUGAUCUGCAGGGCCAGUGAGAGGCUGUGGCGGCCCCCCCAGUAGCUCUCACCACGGCGGGGGACAUCAAGACCUCCGUCUGCAGGGUGGUCAUCUACCUUCAGAGGGACAUGUCCGGGGACAGCUGCCAGCUCCCCCUGCACCGGCUAUGCCUCCAGACCCAGGCCAUCUCCACUGGCUCCCAGGCCAUCUCCACUGGCUCCCAGGCCAUUAGACCUCCCUAUGAAGCCUCCCACAUGGUGUGUCCCAAGUCCAAGACGUGCAGCUACAGAGCGGCGGUGGGCCUGGGUAACAAGUAUGUGCGUCUAAACGUAGGGGGGACCCUGUUCUACACCACGCUGCAGGUGCUCACUAGGCAGGACUCGAUGCUGAAGGCCAUGUUCAGUGGCAGGAAGGAGGUCUUCAUUGACAGAGAAGGCUGGAUCCUGAUAGAUCGUUGUGGGAAGCACUUUGGCUCCAUCCUGACAUACCUGCGGGAGGAAGCGGUUACCUUGCCCCCUGGCAGGCAGGCGGUUCUGGAGCUGCUGGCAGAGGCCAAGUAUUACCUGAUCCAGGGUCUGGUGGAGCUGUGCCAGGGAGGCCUGCAGGAGCAGAAGGAGCUGUCUCUGUGUGUAAUCCCUGUGGUCACCUCUGCCAAGGAGGAGAUGAGACUGAUCCAGGCCUGCACCAAGCCUGUAGUGAAGCUGUUGUACAACCGAAGCAACAACAAGUACUCCUAUACAAGUAACUCAGACGACAACCUGUUGAAGAACAUUGAGAUGUUUGACAAGCUGUCUCUGAGCUACAACGGCCGUGUUCUCUUCAUCAAGGACGUGAUCGGUGACGAGAUCUGCUGCUGGUCGUUCUACGGACAGGGACGCAAACUGGCAGAGGUCUGCUGCACAUCCAUAGUUUACGCCACAGAGAAAAAACAGACCAAGGUGGAGUUCCCGGAGGCCAGGAUCUACGAAGAGACCCUGAACGCUCUGCUCUACGAGACACUUCCUGUCCCUGACGACACCUUAUUGGAGGCUACACGCCGUCGCCACGCCCAUAGCCACGCUCACUGUGGUUCUCACAGCGAGGAGGAAGAAGGUCCCACCCACUCGGGGGCGGACCUUAGGGAGCGCGUGCGCCGCAUCCACGUCAAGAGGUACAGCACCUACGAGGACCGGCCGCUGGGACACUAAGGAUGCGUCUCAAAUGGCGCACUAUGAAGCGCACUACAAUUCGAAUCCUCAACUUCCCGUCUCCUGGUCAGUCACAUCUCAAAGAGAGCCUCCAAAAAAAAAAUUGGUCCGAGGAUUCAUCAAACUUAUCAGCACCAAUUGCUUCUUCUGCAGUCCUUGGUGAGAGUGAGUGAUGGCUCGCAAAUGGUGCCUUAUUCCCCAUCCUAUGCCCAUAUGGCACUGGUCAAAAGUAGUGCCUUUUUAUGUAGGGAAAAGGGUGCAAGAGAGAGGAAACUGGCUCCCCGCUGUCUCUUCACUCAUUCACUACACCCACCGCUGAGGCACUGUUGUUGUUGGCCACGAAUAUGGCCUUGGGCACAAAAUGGCUGCCAUGCUGCAUCACCCUGGUGCCUGACAGACUUUUUGUCGAUGGACAACUCAUGAUUUUUAAAACGUUGAGAUGCUUACGCUAUUUCUCCUUUUUUUAAUUUAUAUAGAACUCUCUUCUUCUUCAACACAAUCAAAUCUGUGUUCAAUCAAUCGAAAUGACGACCUUCAUCUUAUAAGUCGGUCUAGAAGGGAACCGAAAAUAUAUAUUUUCUCACAUGAGUUUUUAUUCAGAUAAUAUAGACUGCAUUCUAUUUCCUGUAUUGUGCACUACUUUUGACCAGGGUCCAAAUGUAGUGCACUACAGAGUGUCGAAGUAUGGGUAAAUACAGGCGACUAUAUUGAUAAGUCACCUUGUCCGAGAGAGAGUUAAAUCAUCAAAACGUCACGCCAGGGUAAGUAUACAUGAAACGCAGCCCUUAUUUUAAGUGUUUCUAAAAUCUCCUAUGAGGGGUUAAAAUAAAUGGUGGAAAUACGAUUGGAACCAUUUCCCUGUUUUGACCGCUAGGUUUUAUGGGUAUUGUGGGGAUCUAUAUAGGGAAUAGGGUGCCAUUUGAGACAGUCCUAUACUGUCAUCACUUCAGCAGCCAAUCACAUAUCAGAUAGGUCUCCAAGACCACGAAUAGGAAUCCACCAGACUGUUAGACACAGGUUCAUUUAUUAUACAGCUAUAGACUUUUUUUUGUUUUUUUGGCAUUGUGUGACAAGUUAUAGAUUCAAAAUCAGCUAUCAUAGCCCUAUUGCCUUCUAUGACUAGACAGGGAAGACAGUGAAUGGUUUUUUUUUUUUUUUUUUAGAGUGUAUAUUUAUAGUUUUGAGAGUUUCUCAUAUCACAUUUUGACAUAUAAUCAUGCCGAAGACUUUCGAUGAAAUGAACAUGAGGGGAGACAUUCAGUGACAGUCUAUGAAUCGUUCAUCUCGUCACCAGAUACUGCCGGCCCAAUGCUUUGUGCUGUAGCCCCUGGGGACGAGGUUAAUGAAUGGCAGAUCGUGCUUAUUAACAAUUUUAAUCAAGUAUUCACUCGAAGACAUUUCCUCUUAAAACUUAAGAGCCUCUUGUAUUUUUAAUGCAGUUCAAUCUUUAUUCCUUUUAUUUUUCACUUGGUUUUCCAUAAUAAAAAAAAACGUUUCAAAUAAUAAUAAUAAUAAUACAACAA